AUGGAUGGCAGCUCCAUCACAGAAGAAGGAAUCAAGAAAAGAAUUGUGGUGGCUGCUCGGGAUAACUGGGCCAGCUAUUUCUCUCGCCUUUUCCCAGUAAAAGGAGAAAAUGGAAGUGAUGUCCAGAUACUGGGUGUUUCUCACCGGGGUCUGCAGCUGUUGAAGAAAUCCAAAGAUGCCAGUUUCAGUUCUGAACAUCUGAAAAUCCUUUGCAGCUUCAGUUAUGCAGAUGUCCUUUCUUUGGAGCUGAUCAGUCGGAAUAUCCUUCAGUUCUCUCUGAAAAAUGAGCAGCUCAUCCUUCAUUCUCAAAAAGCUCAGCAGAUCAAGGCUACGGUGGAAAUCUUCCUGAAAGAACUGAAACAGGAUUCCAACUAUGUCAUUGCUAUGCGUAACUAUGUCACAGAUGACAAGAGCCUCUUAAAUUUCAAGAAAGGUGACUUCAUUCGACUACUUCCCAUGAAGGGGCUGGAGCCAGGUUGGCAGUUUGGCUCUAUUGGUGGGCGCUCUGGCCUUUUCCCUUCUGGAAUGGUGCAGGUGGUGGCAGCUCCCGAUUACCUCAACCUCCACAUGAAUCAACAGGAAGAAGUCCGAACAGGCUGGAAGAAAAACACACAGGAGAAAAUAGUUAACAAGGAGAACUCUGCCCCCAGCACAGAGUCAGAAGUUACCAGGCCUAGCACACCUAUAAACUCUCUUGAUAUUUGCCACUACACUAUGACGGAGUUUGCGAUGGCACAUUUCCGAGAAGCCCAAUUCAUGUAG